AUGUUCACCUAUUCGAUAGGUACUCCUUCGGAAGACAUCCAACUCGAAGUCAUAAAAGCUCAAAACAAUUUCUUGUUCCGUUACCUAAUAGGUUGGAUGGGAUUGUUCUUUCACUUUUCAACAGAAGCAGCGGAGUUGAGAUACUACGAUUCAAAUUCUAUGAAAGUGCACAAUCCGUUGAAGGAGAAAGAGGAAACUGCCAAUUACUUGUCAAACUUGGUGUAUAAUCCUACUUUUGAAGAAAUCAAAAGAUAUGAGAGUUUUGAGUUAUUGAAGAUGAUCCACAGGGGUAAUACGAAAAGAAUUGCUAAGAGCUGCGUUGGUUCGAAAGUUUUUAAAAAACUGGAUGACGAAACGUUGACAGAGUUUAGCUCCGUCUUUGACAUUUCUGUUUCAGAAAGCUGA